AAUCUCUCCUGCAAACCGCCCUUGCAGAAGAGAAAGAACUUAAGUGGCUAAUAUUUUGCAAAGGAGACAGAGAGACUGAUGCUGCAAUAUAGCUCUCAUCUCUCUCCCUUCUUCCCAAUUAGAUCCUGAUUUUAAUUGCAGACGGUAUUUCUCUUUUCAUGCUUUUAACCAUCUCCUCUUUUCCCACAGGGGAGGGUUUCAUUUGCAAGUUGAUGCUAAGGAUUUCUUUCCCCUUCCCAUUUCUCUCCCCUAAAUGCAUCUUUCUGCUUAAGUUUCUGGAUGGGGGGCAAAAUUUUCUAGUUCUUGCACGAGGAAGGCAAAAAGGUCCUUUUCUAUGGCAAGAUUCAGACUAAAAGCAGCGAUCGCUCUGAAUAAUUUUAAUGGGCAUUUCAGUGAUUCAAGGAAGGCUGCACCACCAUCGUUAUUAUUACUAUCCUUAGCAUUUCUCUGUGCCUAUACAUUUAAAAUAUCUGGUGAAAGGAAGGGUGAAACCAUAUGUUGAAGGAGCUACAUCUUAUUAGUACAGUAUUUUCAUCUGAUUGGAGAAGAAUGGUGUCUUCACUCGGAAACGUAUAUAGUAGGAUAGAUAAUUUAUCAGCUGGUAAGUGUCAAGGUAUUUUUCUUCCACUUUCAGCUUUUUAACCGGGUCUCCUGCUUGGUCUUGGGGGCGCAAAACACCAUAAUCCAAGCCAGGCUGAGCAUUUCAACCCUGGGUGCCUCUUUAGCUGUCACUUCCCUUUAGAUCUGCUGAUCGCAUGGGCAUGUGCUUUAGAAAGAUUAAUCAUCUCUAAAUGCUUUAAUCAGCUAAAAUGACUAAUAUGUAGUAUGUAUUUAUCUGACAAUAUACCAGUUGCAUUAAUUCAUCACUGUAUUUGAAAGGGGAAGGUUUUCUUUUAAAUGAGGGCUGAUAACCAUUUGCUGUUUUAAAGAUAUUGUGGGUAAUCGUAAGAGAAAACGUCUUGCCAGGGACAUCAGCAACCUUGCACAUUCCUUUGAGCUUACAUGUGGAUAUAUGGAGCUGGGAGGGAGAGAGAUUCAGCGACUGAAAUUCAAUAACUUUGGGAGUUUGCAUGUGUAUGAAAGAUGUAGUGCGACACUGGAGAAAUCUAUCCGCUGAUAUUUCCCCCUGUAGUCAAUGCGGGUUAUGAUGUCUAUAAAGCUAAAAUUGCACACAAGUAUGAAAUAUGUGCAGCUCUAAACACUGGUCAUAUGGUGAAAAACAUGUAACGAUGCAACACGUUUAGCCUGCGUGUUCACACUGUUGUAUGAUCUGCAUGUGCUGCCUUCCUUAGAGAUGGCAUUCACCAAACGGGGGAGGGGGGAAGGGAGGCUGGUAUGGCAUGAUUAAACCUUUUAACAUGUCUGAAGUAUAAAUCAGGGCCAGGCUGGCACAUCAGACACCCCUAGAGUUUGUUUUGAACGUCUACCCAACAACGGCUGAACUUUCCAGGAGCCUAACAAAAGUCGAGCAGGUAGAGGGUUAUUAAAAAGAGUGGGACAUGAGUGAAAUACUGAAAAUCUGCGUGUUUCUUCCCCCCUCCCCCUCCCCCCCCACUGUUGCAGUUUUCUAAACAUCAACAAAUGAUGAAACCUUCCUCGGCAGAGACUCUUCACAGAGGAAGGAUGUUGUGGAUAAUUCUUCUAAGCACAAUUGCUCUAGCAUGGACUACACCAAUUCCCUUGAUAGAGGACUCGGAGGAACUCGAUGAGCCCUGCUUUGAUCCAUGUUACUGUGAAGUGAAGGAGAGCCUUUUCCAUAUACAUUGCGACAACAAAGGAUUUAUAAAUAUUAGUCAGAUAACAGAGUCAUGGUCAAGACCUUUUAAACUUUAUCUGCAGAGGAAUUCCAUGAGGAAAUUGUACACCAACAGUUUUCUUCACUUGAACAACGCUGUGUCUAUUAACCUUGGGAACAAUGCACUGCAGGACAUUCAGACCGGCGCUUUUAAUGGGCUCCGAGCUCUGAAGAGGUUGUAUUUGCACGAAAACAAAUUGGACAUUUUCAGAAACGACACUUUCCUGGGUUUGGAAAGUCUGGAAUAUCUGCAGGCAGAUUACAAUGUCAUUAAACGGAUUGAAAGUGGGGCAUUUCGAAACCUAAGUAAAUUGAGGGUCCUUAUCCUAAAUGACAAUCUCAUCCCCAUGCUUCCCACCAACCUAUUUAAAUCUGUGUCCUUAACCCAUUUGGACUUGCGCGGGAACAGGUUAAAAGUCCUUUCCUACCGCGGGAUGUUGGACCAUAUUGGCCGGAGCCUGAUGGAGAUCCAGCUGGAGGAGAACCCGUGGAACUGUACCUGUGAGAUCGUGCAGCUAAAGAGCUGGCUGGAGCGCAUCCCCUACACCGCCCUGGUGGGGGACAUCACCUGCGAGACCCCCUUCCACUUCCACGGCAAGGACCUGAGGGAGAUCAAAAGAAGUAAGCUCUGCCCCAUGCUGUCUGACUCCGAGGUAGAAGCCAGCCUGGGGAUCCCUCAGCUGCCCUCUAGCAAGGAGAACGCGUGGCCCACGAAGCCUUCCUCCAUGCUGUCCUCCUUCCAUUUCACCGCCUCCUCUGUUGAGUACAAAACAUCCAAUAAGCAGCCCAAACCCACCAAGCAGCCCAGGGCGCCCAGACCUCCCCCGACAUCCCGCGGCCUGUAUCCCGGGCCGAACCAACCUCCCAUCGCUGCCUACCAGACCAGGCCCCCAAUCCCCAUCAUCUGCCCUACUGGGUGCUCUUGCAGUUUGCACAUCAACGACCUGGGCCUGACGGUCAACUGCAAGGAGCGAGGGUUUCACAACAUUUCUGAGCUCCUGCCCAGGCCCUUGAAUGCCAAGAAGUUGUACCUGAGCGGGAAUUUGAUACAGAAAAUCUACCGCUCAGAUUUCUGGAAUUUUUCCUCUUUGGAUCUCUUACACCUGGGGAACAACCGCAUCUCCUACGUGCAGGACGGGGCUUUUCUUAACCUGCCUAAUCUCAAGAGCCUGUACCUGAACGGCAACGACAUCGAGCGGCUCACCCCGGGCAUGUUCCGGGGCUUGCAGAGUUUGCAUUACCUGUACUUCGAGUACAACCUGAUCAGGGAAAUCCAGCCGGCGGCCUUCAGCCUCAUGCCCAACCUGAAGCUGCUCUUCCUCAACGACAACCUGCUCCGCACCUUGCCCACCGACGCCUUCGCCGGCACCUCGCUGGCGCGGCUCAACCUACGCAACAACCACUUCCUGGCGCUGCCGGUGGCCGGGGUGCUGGAGCACCUGCACGCCAUCGUGCAGAUCGACCUGAAGCUCAACCCGUGGGACUGCACAUGCGACCUGGUGCCGCUGAAGCAGUGGCUGGAGGCGCUGAGCUCGGUCAGCGUGGUGGGCGAGGUGCUGUGCGCCAGCCCCGAGCGUGCAAUGUCACUAAACCCGGAGAAAGGACGUAUCUCUGCCCUCCCGGUCUUGACUCGUUCCAGAGUGCAGCAGGAUGAUAGCAACGCCGGCGGGAUGCGACGUCGCACAGCGUUGUGGCGGGAGAAGGGACAUCGGCAGGCAAAGGCGACUGCUCUUCUUUCCUAA